AUGUCUGCAGCCAGAGACUCCCACGGCCCAGCAGCUGUGGGCAUGGGUGAGGGGGAGGCCUCUGCCUACUGCCGGCUCACCAUAAGGGUCUUGGAGGCGCGGAACCUGCCCAGGGCUGACCUGAUGAGCAAGGCAGACCCCUACGUGGUCCUGCAGCUGCCAACCGCACCGGGUAUGAAGUUUAAGACCAAAACGGUCACCAACUCCAGUCAUCCAGUGUGGAAUGAGACCUUCAGCUUCCUAAUCCACAGUCAGGUCAAGAAUGUUCUGGAGCUUACUGUCUACGAUGAGGACUCAGUCACGGAGGACGACAUCUGCUUCAAGGUGCUCUAUGACAUCUCAGAAGUCCUCCCUGGCAAGCUGCUCCGGAAGACCUUCUCCCAGCGUCCCCAGGGAGAAGAGGAGCUGGACGUGGAGUUCCUGAUGGAGGAAACGUUGGACCGCCCAGAAAACCUCAUCACCAACAAUGUCCUUGUGGCCCGAGAGCUGUCAUGCCUGGACGUGCAUCUGGACCGCACGGGGAGCGCUGCCGUGGUCGCAGAUCAGUUCAAGCUGGAGCUGGAGCUGACACUGAAGGGGUCAUAUGAGGACACACAGACAUCGGCCCUGGGCACAGCCUCUGCCUUCUGCUUCCACUACAUGCCAGCCCAAGAGACAGAGCUGAGUGGGCACCUGAGGAGCUCCACAAGCAAUGUCUGGAACUGGAAUAAUUCAGCUUGGCACCUCACUGUGCCCCUGAGGUCCUUGGCCGUGGGGAAGGAGGUGACCGUUGAUGUUCCUGCUGCAAAUGCCCCAGGAGUGAGGCUGCAGCUCAAGGCAGAGAGCUGCCCCAAGGAGCUGGCCGUGCACCUGGGCUUCGAUCUGUGUGCAGAGGAGCAGGCCUUCCUGAGCAGGAGGAAGCAGGUGGUGGCCAGGGCCCUGAAGCAGGCCCUGCAGCUGGACAGAGACCUGCAUGAGGAUGAGGUCCCUGUUGUGGGCAUUGUGGCCACAGGAGGAGGUGCCCGGGCCAUGACAGCACUCUAUGGCCACCUACUGGCCCUGCAGAAGCUGGGACUUCUGGACUGUGUGACCUACUUAAGUGGCACCUCAGGCUCUACAUGGACAAUGGCCCACCUAUACGGGGACCCUGAGUGGUCUCAUGGGGACCUCGAGGGUCCCAUCAGACAUGCCCGGGAGCACCUUGCCAAGAGCAAACUGGAAGUCUUCUCUCCAGAGCGCCUGGCAGGCUACCGCCGGGAGCUGGAGCUGCAGGCUGAGCAGGGCCACCCCACGACCUUUGUGGACCUGUGGGCCCUGGUGCUGGAGUCCAUUCUGCACGGCCAGGUGAUGGAUCAGAAGCUGUCAGGACAGAGAGCCGCACUGGAGCGGGGUCAGAACCCUCUGCCUCUCUACUUGGGCCUCAAUGUCAAGGAGAACAAUCUGGAGACGCUCGACUUCAAGGAGUGGGUCGAAUUCUCCCCCUACGAGGUCGGGUUCCUGAAGUACGGGACCUUCAUCCCUCCCGAGCUCUUUGGCUCCGAGUUCUUCAUGGGGCGGCUGAUGAGCAGACGCCCUGAGCCCCGGAUCUGCUUUCUGGAAGGUAUCUGGAGCAACAUUUACUCCCUGAACUUGCUGGACGCCUGGUAUGACCUCACCAGCUCCGGGGAGGCCUGGAAGCAGCACAUCAAGGACAAGAUGAGGAACAUAGAGAAGGAGCCUCCGGCCUCUUCCGGCACCUCCUCGUGGCUGGAUGCCUUGUGGCUGCAGCCGGGAACGGCCCUGGCCCAGGCAUUCAAGGGCUUCCUGACAGGCAGGCCGCUCCACCAGCACAGCCCCAACUUCCUCCGGGGCCUCCAGCUGCACCAGGACUACUGCAGCCAGAAAGGCUUCUCCACCUGGGCAGACAGUCAACUAGACUCCACCCCCGGCCAGCUGACACCCCAAGAGCCCCAGCUCUGCCUGGUGGACCCCUGCUACUUCAUCAACACCAGCUGUCCCCCCAUGUUCCGGACAGGCCGCAGGCUGGACCUCAUCCUGUCCUUCGACUACUCCCUGUCCUCGCCCUUUGAGGCGCUGCAGCAAACUGAGCUGUACUGCCGGGCUCGGGGGCUGCCCUUCCCUCGAGUGGAGCCCAGCCCUCAGGACCAAAGUCAGCCUGGGGAGUGCCACGUCUUCUCGGACCCCGCCUGCCCCGAGGCCCCUGUCCUGCUGCACUUCCCGCUGGUCAAUGCCUCCUUCAAGGACUACUCAGCUCCUGGUGUCCCUCGCAGCCCGGCAGAGCUCCAGGCUGGCCAAGUGGAUCUCACCAAGGCCACCUCCCCCUACGCCCUGUUCAACAUGACCUACAAGGAGGAAGACUUUGACCGCCUGCUGCGGCUCUGCGACUACAACGUGCGGAACAGCCAGGGCGCCAUCCUGCAGGCCUUGAGGACUGCGCUGAAGCACAGAGCCCCAGAGGGGAGGCCUCCAGGGACGCAGACCUGAGGCUGCUCAGAGUCCCCAGGGCCCUGAGGUCCACGCUCUGACCCUCCAGGGGUUGGGGGCUUAACCCAAUCUGCCUCUGGGCACAGCCACGCCCUCUGUGGCUGGAGUUCUGGGCUCUCCCAGACUUGGGCCACAUCUGUAGCUGGUGUCACUGCCCAGAGGGGGCUGCACCCCCCCCCCCCGCAGAGUUCUUCCUUAUGUUGACAGCUGUUUUGAGAAGAGUUGAAAAUAAACUUCACCAGGCCAGUGUGUAGAACGGCUGGUUCAACCAGAUACAGUUAUAAUCACUUUCAUGCCUGAGCAGAGUGAGUUUGGGGUGUAAGCUGCAGGUGUCAUAUCAGGAGUAGGGACAAGAAGGGCUGGAGAUGGUCUGACCUGACAGGUGGCCUAGGGCAUCAGAAACCACAGUAUGUCCCGAACAUAUUCCCUCCCCUUCCCUCUCCCCCACUGCCGCUGCCUCCCGUUUUCAGAGUGCAAGUCUUGUACUUGCUCAGUUAAAUUUAUUCCUAAGUAUUUUAUUCUUUUUGAUGAUGUUAUACAUGGAAUUAUUUUCUGAAUUUCAUUUUCAGAUUAUUCAUUGACAUUUUAUAGAAAUACAAUUGAUUUUUGUGUAUUGAUCUUGUAUUCAGCAAUCUUGUUUAUUGGCUCUAAUACUUUUUUGUGGAUUCCUUAUAAUUUUCUAUAGACAACAAAUAGAUAUGGUUUGCUUCUUCCUUUCUGAUGGGAGUGCUUUUUAUUUCUUUUUCUUUCCUAAUCACCCUGACUGGAACCUCCAGCACAAUGUUAAAUAGACGUGGCCAGAACACACAUCCUUGUCUUCUUCCUGAUAUUUGGAGGGAAGCAAUAUGUCUCUUAACACUCAAUAGGGUAUUAGCUUUGGGUUUUUCUUACACAUCCCUUAUCAGGGUGAGGAAGUUCCCUUUUCUUCCUAGUCUAUUGAGUGUUUUUAUCAUGAAAAGGUGCUAAAUUUUGUCAAAUUAUUUUUCUGUGUCUACUGAGAUGACCAUGUGGGUUUCGUCCUGUGUUCUAUUAAUAUGCCGUAUUGCAUUGAUUGAUUUUUGGAUAUUAAACCAUCCUUGUA